GGUCUUUUCGGCUCUUUCACAGAGUCGCCCCCCAUGAGCCAGGGCUUUCGUUGCCCAGGUCCAAGAGGACGUAUUUGUCAUUUUACAUAAUUAGAAGGAUAGCUUUGGAACGUUUCUUUUUGUUGUUUAUUUAAAGUCCUGGAGAAGAGAGAGAGAGAGAGAGAACGGCUGAGACCAAUUGAAAAUGGAGAAUGAAGAAGUUGUACUGUUUGCGGAGGAAAGCAUCUCCUCCUCCCCUUCUGCAAUUUUACAGUGUAGAAUCUGCCAUGAAGAAGAACUUGAGAGCUCCAAGAACUUGGAAGCUCCCUGUGCUUGUUCCGGAUCGGUUAAGUUCGCUCACAGAGAGUGCAUACAGAGGUGGUGCAACGAGAAGGGUAACACCACUUGUGAAAUAUGCCUACAGAAAUUUGAACCUGGGUACACAGCACCACCAAAAAAGGCCCAACAAGAAGAAGUAACUGUUACAAUCAGGGGAAGCUUGGAGGUUCCGAGGCAAGAGCAAGAGCAGAUGCAGCAUCUUAGCCGCAACCCAAGAUUAAUGGCAAUCGUCGUAGCCGAAGGCAGAAUGGCCGAAAGCGACUACUCUGAGUGUUCAGCUGCCGCCGAGAGAAGCGCCUCUUGCUGUAGAUCAGUGGCUCUCACCUUUACGAUGCUUCUGCUGGUGAGACACCUCCUAUCAGUGCUUAUGGGUGGAACGGACCAAUAUGUAUUCACAAUUCUUACAGUAUGUAUUCUAAGGGCCGGUGGAGUGAUUCUCCCGCUUUAUAUCUUGAUACGAAUUGCUGCAGCGAUUCAAAACAACCUGCAGCAUCAUCAUGAGUCUGAGAAUGAUGUCUCACCCCUUCAAGAAAGCGAUGACGAUGACUAUAAUGACAACAAUGAAGAAGAGGAGGAACUGGAAGUAGACUUAGAAGCGCAGUUACCCAAUACGGUCCAGAUACACUCCUAAUGAUUUUGAUUUAUUUUAAAUUUUUUGUUCGUCUUAAAGUCAGAGGAGCAUUAUUUUGAUGCCCCUUUUUCUUCCACUCAUACGAAAAGAAAUAUAAAAUCAGGUUGAUUC